ACAGCCGCGAAAUUGCAGGCAGACUGACGAGACUGCAAACACAAAGCCUGGCUUAAGCCAGCGGCAGGCCAGCGCUGGGAAGGCGACGGCAAGAAGCACGGCCGGCCCGGCCACGGCGCACGGAUCGCCAAGGCGCUGUGCUCCCACGCACCGAGCAUGGUGUGGGGCCUCGUGGACAAGACAAAGACGCCCGGCUGCGCAUCGUCCGGCGCUCUGCACACCACCACCACACCCCCGCUGCCGCCAUGCCCGUCGCCUUCAUCCUCACGCCCGCCAGCCUGGCGCACAGCGCCCUCUUCGCCGGCUACUACUCUUACCUCAACGCCAAUGUCAUCUCGCUGCGCCGUGCCUCGCAGACGGCGCUCGGCAGUGUGGUCAAGUCGAGCAACGCGCCGGCCAGAGACUCCGAGGCGCUGCAGCGCCGCCUCGUGCGAGCCGUGCGGGCACAGACAGACUUUGCGAUGAGCACGCCGAUUGCGCUCUUCUUCCUGACCAUCUCCGAGCUCAACGGCGCGCCCACUGCACUCGUCCACGGCCUCGCGACGACGCUGCUGCUCGCGCGCGUGGCGGCGUCGCAGCUGACGCUCCUCGUGCCCGAGGAGCACGGCCUCAAUGUGCGCGAGAACCGCAUCGUCCAUGCGUGGCGCGGCGGAGCAGUCACGCUUGGCAACCUUGCUGCUCUCACGGCGGCCGGAUACAAUCUAUACCUUGGCUGGGACGCGCUCCUGGCCUUUGCGGGCGUGCGGACGUGAUGCAUCAAUGCCAUUCAUGCAUCGGGUGCGGCGAGUGCAGGCGGCGGGUGCGAGUCGCCGAAGCUCAGGCGCGGCUGCUUGGCGAUCCAGCUCUCGAGGGCGAGAGUCUCCUCGACGCGCGACAGGCCCACCUGUAGCGCCUUGGGCU